AAAUCUUCAUUAGCAAACAAAAUAUUUACAUUGUGUAAAAACAAAACCGGUUGUGGACAAACUUGUAGCAUAUAAUAAGUCUAGUGUAUUCAGAUAAAAUUGAGCUAGCUGACCUAUGGACUCUCCGUUGUCAUUUUUCAUUCAAAUCUGAUGUUUCUACUAUAUGCAUUUGUUGGUAACAACUGAUAUUUAAAACGAAAUAGCUGGUAUCUAGCUCAUUCAAUAGUGUAGGUAUACUUAUAUCGGCUGAAGUGAAAGAAAAUCGAAAUGAUCAAUCGAUAUUUGGCUUUGAUUUCAUACUCGAGUAUAUUGCUAUAUUACUUUUUGCGAUUGCGGGAUUUUAUGAAGUUUGGUGAAGUGUUGACUCUCUCACAGAAAAGUAUAUACAGUGCCGAGAUCUCAAUCAUGGACAAAUAUCGGAACUAUUAUUUCACAUUGUGGAAUUUUAUUCUCCAGAUUAUCUUCCUGCUAUUGAGCAUCAUAAACGAAUCAUCCGAAUUGGCUAGUAUAAAGACCUUCCAGGUACCAUUGAACCGAAUCAGAUCCCUCCUAUUCUAUGGACUAGUAUUCCCUGGUACGCUAGUUGUGACUAGUACUUUUUGGACUAUAUGGAACAUAGACGAAGGACUGAUACUGCCAAGGGACGUGGUGCAGUAUUUUCCCCCGGUAUUGAAUCAUACCCUACACACGCUCAUAAUUAUACCUCUGGUCAUUCAAACGCUAUUGGAGAAGAAGAAUGAGAUGGUGCUGUUCCGCAAAGUUGCUCCACUCUUGGUAACUUACAUUUUAGCGUAUGCAUUCGUGUACAUUUUUAUAUACUCUCAACAAGGAGUUUGGCUUUAUCCAUUCUUCAAUGUAUUGAACUGGCCCCAAAGGAUAGGCUACGGUAUUUUCAAUGUCAUAUUGGCUCUGACUUAUCAAAAAAUUGGCCUUAGUCUACAAAAAGUCAGAAAAACAAACAAUCAGGAACAAGAGUUCCGGAAAGUCGAAUGACCUAUGUCAGUAUUCCUUUUUAUUUUAUAAAUACAAUACAU